UGAAGACGUUUAGACUUUAGAAUAGUCAUUGUUAACUGAGGGUAGAGUCGUCUGCUGCUCCUUAGACCUCAACGUUCCUCAUUGUUCCUGUUUGUCUUGUUUGUAACUUUUCACGGUACCACCUAAGCAUCUCUAUAUCCUAAGAUCCCCCAUUCUGUUGGAAUGGAAUGUAAUCCAGCGGCUCACCCUCAACCAUAUAUAUAUAUAUAAAUAUAUCACCACGUGCCAUGAGCGUGUCUCAACUUCAGAAGCCACACUCCAACCACCCUCUUUCCAUGGCUUCCCCACAAACACUUCAAUCUCAUAUAGCUGAUCAUAAAAACUAUCAAAGAAAGGAACGAGUGCGACAAGGUCAGUGGAUACGAGCUGCCAUUUUAGGAGCUAAUGAUGGGUUGCUUUCCACAACAUCACUGAUGCUUGGUGUAGGUGCAGCAAAGGAGGAUCGGCGCUCCAUGGUCCUCUCUGGACUAGCUGGAGCUAUUGCAGGAGCCUGCAGCAUGGCUGUAGGGGAGUUUGUUUCCGUUUCAACCCAAAGAGAUAUCGAAAAGGCGUCUGCUGCUCACUGCAGUUCAGAAACCGAUAUUGCCGGACAAGAUGACCAUGUGAUCAAGCUGGAUAUCACUGCCAGUUCAACUACCAUUAAGGAAACUAAGCUAAGUGAGACAGAUUUGGGCAUCUCAAAUGUGCUGACACCCACAAGAAACAUUUGUUGUCAAAAAAUGUCAUCGGAUAUGAUUACUGAGUCCAGGACCUCCAGGUUGCCCCAAAUUUUCUCUCCUGGACGAUCUCCUAUGAUGAAAGUGAUUAUAGAAAACUCUACUAAGACAAAUACAACAAAAAUAACUUCUCCAGCAGUCAAAUCGUUUUCAAAAGAUGCUGUAACAAAUACUGUGCAAUUGUGGGAGGAAAAGGGAGAGGAAGUGCUACCUAACCCGUUAAAGGCGGCCACUGCAUCAGCUCUAGCAUUUUUGUGCGGUUCAUUUGUGCCUUUGGUGCCGGCAAUACUUUUUGCUUCAUAUCUCAUCAGGAUUGUGGUAAUUGCAAUACUUAGCUCGAUAGCAUUGGUUCUUUUUGGGUGUUUUGGAGCUCACCUCGGUGGCUCAUCCGUCAGAAUAUCUGCCACGAGAGUUCUGGUUGGAGGAUGGAUUGCCAUGGGAAUCACUUACGGUUUGCUUAAGCCUUUUGAUAGUAGAUCGUAAGGGCAGUAAUGAUAAGCAUUAGCAUUAUGAUUUGUUGUAUUAA